UCGAGCACUGUAAUUCUAUAAUUACUAAGACAGUAUUGUACUCAUAUAUAUUGCACGCAAAUGUACCUAAAUGCACUAAAAUUGUUUACACGGAUUCCCUAUUCACAGGUCUGACGAGCAUUAAAAUGGACAAAAUGGGGAGUGUGAUCCUCAGUUCCACGGUCCAGUACGUGCUGUUCAUACUGCUCAGUGCCAGGAGCACUGUCAACGCUCUUCACGGGACUACCGUUAGCCAGUGCUUCAGCGAAUGCACGUGCUUCCAAGGUGCAAAGUUUGUCAACUGUACGGCGGCAGGCCUCUCCGCCAUUCCGAGUGAAAUUCCUCAAGACGCGGAGCACGUGGAUUUUUCCAACAACAACAUCACCCGCAUCGGUCCAGGAACCAUGACCCUCCUGCGGAGGUUGCACAUCCUCGUGGUCAGAAACAGCAACGUCGCACACAUCGCAGAGAGCGCCUUCCAGGACCUGGACAACUUGCGGAAGCUGGACCUGAGCGGUAACAGAAUAAAAGACCUCCCGAAUGGAUUCUGCCACGGCCUGUCCGAAUUGACCGAGCUGAAAUUCACCGACAAUGAAAUUAUGAACGUAUCGUACGCGCAGUUUCAUUGUCUGGGACAGCUGGAAAGCCUCAAAUUGGACAGCAACAUGAUAGCACACGUUGAAGCGGGUGCCUUCCGUAGUCUGACUCGACUUCGCCACAUGAAUCUCAACAACAACUACCUGGAGGUGCUCACAGAUGGGAUGUUCUCGAUGCUGCAGCACUUGGAGGUCCUUGAACUUCAGAACAACAGCAUUGCCACAAUCGAGCCCACCACCUUUGUGUCUCUGCGCAGCUUGAUAAUUUUGGAUCUGAGCUACAAUAACAUGAGUGACAUAACAUUUAAGGUGUUCAUGAACAUCGACACGCAGGACACGCAGAUUCAGCUGUCCCACAAUCCCUGGGCGUGCGACUGCGAGCUGCAGCGAGUGUUCAACAAACUGGAGCAGGUGCGCCGCCUGGCCAUCGAGGACUAUGGCCACGUCGAGUGCCACUGGCCCCCGUCGUUGCAGAACAGGACGCUGGCCAGCAUGGACAGUCAGCUGUGCAUCGCCGAGACGGCCACAAUUCUCAUCAUAACCAUCACCGUGGCCGUCGCCAUCGUCGCCGCCAUCGUCAUGGCUGAGCGCAACCGCAAGAAGCGCACGGGCAAGCAUUGGACGGAAGACAACGAUAUGCCCUGAGUGGACAUCCCCAACAGAGGGAGGUUGCAUUAUUGUGCGUAAUAUCUCUCCGAUGUAACACGUGUUGUUGGGAAUGCUGUCCCGGCAUUUUGCCCCACAUGCUGUAAAGUUUCUCGCGUGCAACCGGACAACACAUUGGAGAGAGGGGGGUUGUAUUUACUGUUUUCCUCAAUAUCCAACUCUUUUAUAAGUUCGGGGGCACUCGAAUCUGAGGGUUCACAAGGUAGUGGCAGGUUGCGGUCAGUGACAAGAGGGCUUAUUGGUCAAUGGCUGGAGUUUGUACUUUGCUCAUGAACAGGUUAUGAAUGCACACCCUAUAGAUGUACGACUCUGAAUCUAUAUAGGCUAUCAUGCUAGAUAAUUGUGCUGGUAUUUAAAAAUGCAUUUUUUUUGUAAUCUGUAAGAUGUGCAAAACAAAAGAUCGAGUAAAUAUUCCAAGAAAGGAAAAUAAGUGAAUUCAAGUAAAGCAAUCUUUUACGUGAUGAUACAAUUGUACUAAAUGGGAUUUGAAAAUGGGUGAGAGUGUUAUGAUGCUUGUAAUUGUAUUGCAUUUUAAUAACGGAGACUUCUUAGUGGGUUAUGUAGAAGAAAAUAUAAAAGGAUGGGUAAAUUGUAUUAUAUGUUUUAAAAAACCGUUUCCCCAUACUUUUUGUGAGUAUCCCGCUAACAUUAGCUUUGUGUUUUAUGAAUGAAGACAGCAAAAACAGCUUCGUAAUGGACAAUAUAAAUCCUCAGGGGGUUUCACUUUGAGACAAAGACCAUCUAUAUUUUAUGCAUUCGGUACAUUGUAGCCACCGAGAAGUGCUGACUGGCAGUGAUAAUGAUGAAUAACUUACACGGUUUUUUUCAGUCAAAAUUAUGGUUCACGAUUUCCGAAUUGGCUCGGACCACAUUAAUGAUCUGACCCAAAUUUGUGUUGUGAAAGAUUCUGAUUUCCUGGAUUGUUACUCAAACUUCCUGGGUUUGUCUUGAUGAUGUGUGAAGUAGUUUAAAACGAAACGUCGUAUCCCAUCACUAAAUUUGAUUCUGAUGAUUGUGAGGCAACUUAUCGGGCAACUGAAACAAUAACAAUUGGUGUAUACAUGUGUGUCGGGUGGUUGAGGGUUCUUAACGACACAAAUUGUAUCAUAUCGUUACAUGGCCUAACUCAAAUAUCAAUUAUGAAUCAUAAUUGCGCAUAUUUAACACAGUUCCUUUGUUGCCCUCUGUGCACAAUUACACAAACUGUGGACAAUAUAUUAAUAAUAUCUUAAUUGCCCAUCUAUUUAGCGACUGCAGCCACCAUGAAUAAUGCAACAUCAGGCAAAGUAAUUGAGCAUAGGUAGUCACAAUAUCAGGUGCAGCCAUUAAUUAGAGAUAGCUAUCAACAACAUCUACUUAAUUCCCUCUAAAAUACUGUACAAUAAAGUAUUUAACUGCAUUCGCAUUCAUUUUUAUUCUUUUGCAUUUAAGUCCAAUAAUAUUUCUGAAAUUCAUAUCUUCGGUAUGUGCAAUAGUAAAAUGGGUAGGCAUUUAAGACAAAUAACAUUCUCUGAUAAUGUCUUCCCCAUGUAUUUAAAAAAAUACACACUAAACCUCAAACAGUUGCAUUUCUAGUAUAUAUUUUAUUCUGAGCAUUACUGGCAUUGUGAACAGCUCAACAUGCAUGUUGCCAUGAAAAUAUUUGGUUGAAAACUGCUAUUCAGAGUACAGUACUCUUAUAUUCUAUUUCCUCAUUUUAUUUUUAUUCACAGCCGUUUGUCAAUCGACUGUUGAAUGAAAACCUCCACGCACAGUGUCAGUCAUGGGGAUUGUUUGACCAUACUUCAUCAUGCUGACGGGUGCAGGUUGGUGAAGGAGAGAUUGGCAGGACCGGAUCAGAUAUCGCUCACCACUUAUGUUAACCUUGGCUGGGAAUUGAAUUGAGGUCACCAGGUUAUUAGUAUAACGGGCAAAACCACUGCGCUGCGCUAUUUUACAAUCGAGCCCUUCAUAUUGUACUGAAUUUUAAAAGGAAAUGUUUUCAUUGUCAAUAGGAAAAAAGUAAAAUGUACAAACUUACGCAGUACUUUUCGAUGUAAAGCUUUCGUGACUGCAAGGAUUCAUCUUCUUUGGUUCUUUCGGUAAAGUCACAUAGAAUGAGGAUAACAUAAUAAAUUGAUAAAAUAA